AUGGGCUACAAGCAGUCCAGCGACGACGACGACAAGAGCCAAGACGCGCGCGAGCGCGUGCUGAGCGCGCUGCGCGCGUGGGACCAGCAGGAGCUGCUGGGCCUGCUGGCGGACACGGCCGACAGCGCGCUGUGGCGGCAGGUGCUGCACUUCGACGGCUGGUACAAGGGCGGCGUGGCCGGCUACUUGGCCUCGGCCACCAAGCUCUACGCGGAGCUGCGCGGCGAGGCCGCGGACGAGGCCGACGCCGGAGACCUAUGGGCCGACUGGCGGCCGUCCAACCCGGCGGCUUCGGCCGAGCUGGCCGCCGUGGCGGAGCUCGACUCGCCGCUCUUCAAUGAGCUGGAGCAGAGCGGCCUGGCCAACCUGGACAAGUGCUGCUUCGUGGUGGUGGCCGGCGGGCUCGGAGAGCGGCUCGGCUACCAGGGCAUCAAGCUGCGGCUUCCAGUGGAGACGCUGACCCACACGAGCUACCUGGAAGCCUAUGUGCAGCACCUGCUGGCCAUGCAGGCGCUGGCCAACGCCCAACGUGACGCCCCGAUCCACAUCCCGCUGGCCAUCAUGACGUCCGACUCGACGCACGAGGCCACGCAGAGCUUCUUGACGGAGCACAAGAACUUCGGCAUGGCCGAGGGCCAGCUCGUGCUCAUCAAGCAGGAGAAGGUGCCGUGCAUGGAUGUGAUCGAGGGCUCUGCUGAUGGUGGCAAGCAGCCCAAGUUGAAGCUCGUGGUGAAGGACGGCUUGCUGGUGAUGAAGCCCCAUGGCCACGGUGACGUGCAUACGCUGCUGCACACGUCCGGACUGGCGGCCAAGUGGCUGCAGCAAGGCAAGAUGUACGUGCACUUCAUCCAGGACACCAAUUACCUCAUCCUGAACGGCGCGCUGCCGAUGCUGGGCGCCUGUGUCAAGCACGACUGGGGCUUCGCGUUCACGACGGUACCGCGCAAGGCCAAGGACGCGUCCGGCGGCAUCGUGCGCUUCACGUCGCCAUCGGGCAAGCACUCGACGCUGUUCAACGUGGAGUACCACGAGCUCGACCAGUUCCUGCGCACGCGCGCCAAGACCGAGUUCCCUGACGGCGACGUGAACGACCCUAAGACGGGCUUCUCGCCCUUCCCGGGCAACAUCAACGGCAUCGUCGCGGCGCUGGACUCGUACGUGCCGGUACUGGAGACGUCCAAGGGCUUCGUGCCCGAGGUGUUCAAUCCCAAGUUCCGUCCGAACGCCAACAAGUGCGCCUUCAAGUCGCCCGCCCGCCUGGAAUGCAUGAUGCAGGACUACCCCAAGCUCCUGGUGCAGUACCAGAUUGAGCACCACGACGAGAGCGGCAAGGGCGGCGUGGGUCUGGUGCAGUUUCCCUCGAGCGUUGUGUACUCGCCCUGCAAGAACGACGCCGCAAGCGCCAGCGAGAAGGCCAAGAACGAUAUCCCGCCCCAGUGCGCAAGCUCCGCGGAGCACGAGGUGUUCGCCAUCAACCGUUUGAAACUGAAGACUCUGGGCGUGUCGAUGCCGAAGGAGACCACGCAGCAGUCGUGGCUUGACAUCCCCGUGGACACUUCAGGUCCGCAGAUUGUGUUUGGAUCGGGCUUCGCACUCAGCCAGACGACGUUGGCCAAGAAGUUCACCAAGCCUUCUGCCAUCAACCUCUCCGCUCGCUCCACGCUGAUCGUCGAGGGAGCGGACGUCACGUUCGACUCGCUGGAGCUGGACGGCGCGGUGCGCAUUGUGGCCUGCCCCGGAGCCAAGGUGGCGGUCAAGUGUCUAUCGGUCAAGAACGCUGGCGUCGAGUACGAGUCGGUGCCGGCCGACAGUGACCCCGUCGACGCCAUGCGUGGCUACCGACUCAAGCAACUCGAAGUGAAGGAGUUCCGCUUCGACAGCCCAGGCAACUACGUGAUCAACGAGUAG